CGGCAGUAAUGGCGGAGGAUCCGGUUACAGCUCUUCGAUCAGCUGCUGAUCAGCUGGACUGAUCCCGCGCCCGGCCAUCCGAACCGAGUCCUCACCCGAACCGAGUCCUCGUCUGAACCGAGUCAUCAGGCGACCGAAGGCGGAUUACAGCGCGUUCGUGACGCGGCGCAAUCAUGGAUGCGUUCGGCUUUCUCAACCUAAACGAGCUCGCUCUGGGGCUGUCAAACCUCUCCAUGUUCCCCUACUUCGACAUGGCGCAUUAUAUCAUAUCAGUGAUGAGCCUGAGAGAGCAGCCAGGAGCGCUGGAGGUCUCUCAGCGCAGUCCGUUCGCGUGUUGGUUCAGUUCGAUGCUGUAUUGUUUCGGUGGAGCCGUUCUCUCAGCGCUGAUGAUGGCGGACGCUCCGGUCGCUCCACUCUCCAACACCACCAACCUGCUGCUCGCCUCGCUCAUGUGGUAUCUGGUGUUUUACUGUCCUCUGGAUGCCGUGUACUCGCUGGCGUCCGUUCUCCCCAUGCGCCUGGUCUUGUCGGCGAUGAAGGAAGUGACCCGUACCUGGAAGGUUAUGGGCGGAGUCACACAAGCAGGAAGGAAGUACGAAGACGGUCUGUUCGUGAUGAUCGCGGUGGGCUGGGCUAAAGGAGCCGGCGGAGGACUUCUCAGCAACUUCGAGCAGCUGGUUCGAGGCGUCUGGAAACCAGAGACCAACGAACUCCUGAAGAUGUCAUACCCAACCAAGGUGACGCUGCUGGGAUCCGUUCUGUUUUCUCUCCAGCAGUGCCGUUUUCUCCCGAUUCAGACACAUCAGCUCAUCUUCAUCUACACGCUCUUCAUCGUCACCAACAAGACGAGGAUGAUGUUGCUGGGCUCGUCGUCGUACCCGUUUUCGUCGGUGGAGUCUCUGCUCUACAAGACUCUGUUUGUUCGACCUUUGACCUUUUCACCUCUGAGCGACUCGACCCCGCUCCGCAGCAAACCCGGCGCGCCGGACCAAAGCAAGCCCAAAGAAGACGCCAAGAAGACGGACUGAGUCCCGACGCUUCAAUCGUAGCGAAGACACUUUUCUACUCGAUUCCUGCUGAUGAUCUUUUAAAACGCACGGAUGCUCUUUUUAUCCCGGUACCUGAUCUGUACAUAUUUGCUUGAUUCACAGAGAACUCUAUUCUUUUCUAUGCUGUAAUGGUGAGGAUAAUAUAUUUUAAUAAUAUUUAUAAUGCAUUUCUGAAUGCGGCGGAAUGCUGAAACCUGUUUUACUGUGAGACCUUUUGAAUGCUGGAAUGAUUGAAUAUAAUAAUUCACUCGC